AUGUUGCCCAAUGGCGGAUGUAGCGAUGGUUUCAAUGAUCAGCUUCUCCAGGUAAACCCCCACCUGUAUGUGAACAACGAGGACGAUUCGAUAGAUGUCCUAUACUUGAACAACCAAACCUUGCUGAGGACACAGCUCUGGGGAGACGAUAGGAUGGUCUACCUGUUGGGACAUGAGUACACGUUGUACGAGAACGGAACCUUAAUUCUCAACUCCCAAAGUAUUACCUUGGAGAAAGAGGAGUACUGCCUUCAUCCCAAUCAGUUUAAAUCACGCUAUUCAGCAGGCUUAUGGGUUGUGUUACACGAGAAAACCGCGAUACCGUUACAAGGAGUCCUUGGGAUCAUUGGGAUUUCUAUGAUGUGCUAUAUCCUAACUAUCGCAGUUUAUAUUUCUGUGAAGAAGCUACGGAAUGUCCUCGGAAAAUGCCUUAUCUGUAGCAUGUUUAGCUUAUUCAUGAUGGAAUUGUCCUUUUUAAUAGAUGAAUUUAGAUUUCUGAACAAUGUUUGUCUUCUGGCAGGUUACUGCUCAUACUUCUUUGACUUCGCCUUUAUUCUCUGGAACUCUGUAAUCAGCUAUCAUUUAUGGAAAACCUUAACGUCGGUCAACCGCGAUGAGCCUCGUCAGCGGUUCCUGGCCUUCAGUGCUUUUGUGUGGGGCACAGCUGCUAUGCCUACUGGAGCCAUCUUUAUGAUCAACCAAAUCUGGGAAAACGAUCUGAAUAACUGGAGCUGGAUGCCCUUAGUUGGGUUUAGUAGAUGCGCGGUGGAUAUUUUCAAAGGGUCUGCCUGGAUCUAUUACCACGGGCCCUUAUUAAUCUUAAAUAUUUUCAUAUUUAUCAUGUUUAUCCUAACGGCCAGAAACAUUCUGAAAGUGAAGAGAAAACUCAAGAAGAUUACUCAGCGGCGGGAUGGGAGCACAACCUGCUUUAAUUUCAACAGCGAAAAUUACCUACUGUUUCUGCGGCUCUUUACCAUGAUGGGUGUACAUUGGAUACUGUAUUUAUUAUAUUUAUUGGAUUUCCAUAACGAAUUAUGGCACUCGAUUGUUACAGCAAUGAAAUAUUUCCAAUGUGCUUUUGGUAUUUUCGUUUUUGUGCUGCUAAUUCUUAAACGCAGCACCAUUCAACUGCUCAAGGAUAGAAUACGGGGAAACAGUAGUUCCAGUACACCGAAGGUCAAGGAACCAAAGGGAACCGGCCUUCUAUUGAACGUCGUAAAAAAAUUCAAAGUCUUAUAUUUCAGCAAAAAAAAGUAGGAAUUUUGACCACCAUUGCGCGAAAUAAUAUUAGAAUAAGGAAUGCCAUACGCCGUUAAACUCGUUAUUAAAUUCCCUAUCGAUUUAAAUUGAAAACAGCAAGCUUUAAUUUUUGAACAUUUUUUGCAAAAACAAACAUAAACAUUUAAAAUGGAUGAAUUUUCCUGACGAAAUUGAUCUGAGCUUUCGAGUUUAACGGCUAAUUUCUUGCUCUUUGACACCAGGCCAACAUAAUCCGUAGCAGGUGGCUGCUGGGCGCUAACAUUUUCAUACUGGAAGACAACCGUUAGUUCUGUUAAGCAGACUAGAGAUGGGCAAUCUCUAGAUCUGAAACAAAGCCUCCACAAUAUUUUCAAGUGGCACACCUCUAGUUAAGCCUUAAAAACUAAUCAUUGGCCACCUACGAAUUUUCCUGUUCACCUGGUGUUUAAAAUUGAAAAAUCGGUAGUUUAUUUUAAUAAAUUAAAAGGAUUCGUAACAUAUUUUGUGUCAAAAUGCUGGGUUUAUGACUCUCAGACACCAGGCAAACAGAAAACUUAGCAAGUGGCAGCUGGUAGCUAAAGGUGCAUUCAAAUAACUGUUCAAUUUUCAAAAUGGCGGCCCUUUCCAAAUUUCCCCUCCCACACUGACCAAUGGGAAUCAAUCACCAUGGAAAACAACCGUUAAUUGAGAACAAAGAGCAGACUAGAGAUGAGCAACUAUGCCCGUGUCACGAGUUUGUCACGUUAUGCACGAAAUAAAA